AUGCUGCCCAGCAGUGCAGUCGGUGUGUGCCAUGUGCUUGUGUUGGUGCUGUGUCUGUCUGCGGCUGAGGACUUCGACUGGGCAAAGAACGACCGCGGCUCCUUCUAUUAUGGCACUUUUCCAGCUGGAUUUUCGUGGGGUGCCGGAGGUUCAGCCUAUCAAACAGAAGGAGCCUGGGACACCGAUGGAAAAGGACUGAGCAUCUGGGACGUGUUCAGUCACAAGAAAGGCAAAGUCCAGCAAAAUGACACUGGGGAUUCGUCUUGUGAGGGCUACUACAAAGUCAAGGAUGACGUUUCUCUCAUGAAGGAGCUAAAGCUCAACCACUAUCGUUUCUCCAUCUCUUGGCCCAGACUCAUUCCCACCGGCAUAAAGUCUGACCACGUCAAUGAAAAAGGAAUUCAGUACUAUGAUCACCUGAUCGACCAUCUGCUGGAGAACAAAAUCACCCCCAUCGUCACUCUGUAUCACUGGGAUCUUCCACAGGUCUUGCAGGAGAAAUAUGGCGGCUGGCAAAACAUAAGCAUGGUGAAUCAUUUCAAUGAAUUUGCGAACCUGUGCUUUGAAAGAUUUGGCAAUCGGGUGAAAUACUGGAUCACAUUCAACAAUCCCUGGUCUGUAGCAGUUGAAGGCUAUGAGACGGGUGAACAUGCUCCUGGCCUGAAGCUGAGAGGAACGGGAGCUUAUAAAGCCGCACACCACAUGAUCAAGGCACAUGCUAAAGUGUGGCACACCUAUGAUACUCAAUGGAGAGCAAAGCAAAAAGGCCUGAUCGGCAUCUCUCUGUCGGGGGACUGGGGGGAGCCGGUGGACAUCAGUAACCAGAAGGACAUCGAAGCAGCUGAGAGAUACGUCCAGUUCUACCUGGGCUGGUUUGCCACACCUAUCUUUCACGGAGACUAUCCUCAAGUGAUGAAAGACUUUAUCGGAAGGAAAAGUGCCCAGCAGGGGCUCGGGACAUCUCGACUGCCUGCCUUUUCUCCACAAGAGAAGAGCUACAUGAAGGGCACCUGUGAUUUUCUGGGCAUCGGUCACUUCACCACACGCUACAUCACCCAGAAGAACAACCCGUCCGGCCGAAGCAGCAGCUACUUCACCGACAGGGACCUGGCCGAGCUGGUGGACCCGCGCUGGCCGGACCCCGGAUCCGAGUGGCUCUACUCCGUGCCGUGGGGCUUCAGACGUCUGCUCAAUUUUGUCAAGACUCAGUACGGAAACCCGAUGAUUUAUGUGACUGAGAACGGCGUCUCUGAGAAGAUGCUCUGCACGGAGCUGUGCGACGACUGGAGGAUACAUUAUUAUAAAGACUACAUCAAUGAGAUGCUAAAAGCCAUCAGAGACGGAGUGAACGUGAAGGGCUACACCGCCUGGUCCCUGCUGGACAAGUUUGAGUGGGACGAAGGCUACUCUGAGAGAUUCGGCCUGUACUACGUGGACUUCAGGAACAAAAACAAGCCGCGCUACCCCAAAGCGUCUGUCCAGUUUUACAAACGCAUCAUCAGUUCCAAUGGAUUUCCCAAUCAACGAGAGGUUGAAAACUGGAGAAGGAAGGCUGUUGAGACGUGUUCUUCUAGCAACCAGCUCCUGGCUGCAGAGGAACAGCGGAGUUCUGCUGCCAAUAUUCUAAGACUUAUUCAUGACCCUCUGACCAGCCACAUGGAGAUGGUAACCGAGAUCGUCGUUCCCACUGUGUGCACGCUGUCUAUUCUGCUCAGUGCCAUCUUCCUCAUGUUCCUACUGCGCAGGCGGAACUAGAAAGUGUGCAUGUUUACAAAUACAGGCAACACACACACACACACUUCUACAGGUGC